CUUGCAUUCUUGAACAGUUGUUUGGAUAACAAGCAUUCUUGAACAGACUAUGCAGCUAUGUAUACUCUUCAUGUGUAGCUGUUGGCUUCUUGACAUUGAUCCUGAACUUGCCAGAAAUUGACGUGAACAAAUUACGAAUAAAGCAUAGCUCAACUCAAAUGGCAUCCUACUGCCAAAUUAGUUUCCACCACAAGUAAUGACAACAGCAAUAACAAGAACAACGUUAAUCUUGAAAUCAAGCUUUAUCAUCCUUACAAAUUACAAUUCUAACUUGUUCACUCCUGAUUCCAGCUACACCAAGAUCAGGUCUGAUCUCCCCGAUCCACAGUCCACACAGAUUACUACUCCGUUUCUUCAUCCCCUUCUUCUU